GUUAAAACCUAUGUGGGUGCGAUUGCAUUUGCGUCUUGCCAGGGAAAAUCCAGAUAAUGGAUCCUUUCUAGGACCGCACCGUCGUCGUCGCUGUUACACAGGUAUUGAUGGUAGUGUAGGAGUAUAAUCGAUGGAUUAUUAGUUUCGUUUCGUGCGUGGUCCGGCUCAUUUCCACCGGAGAAAACCGGGCAAUCCUGCACUGGUGGUGAUGAGUCUCCGAGGCGGUGAACCUGUUCCUCGGUGCGCACAAAGCCUGUAGUCGGGCCGGAUUUCUACGAGCAUACCGUGUACACGAAUGAUGCUCAAACAUGACGGGGAAUCACUACAAGGGCCACGAGGUCAGCUGCUGCAUCAAAUAUUUCAUUUUUGGAUUCAACAUCCUGUUUUGGCUACUGGGGAUGGCCUUGGUUGCAAUUGGACUGUGGGCAUGGAGUGAAAAGGGGGUGCUAUCCAACAUCUCGUCCAUCACGGACCUGGGGGGUCUCGACCCGGUCUGGCUCUUCAUGGUGGUCGGGGGCGUGAUGUUUAUCCUGGGUUUCGCUGGGUGCAUCGGAGCACUGCGGGAAAACACCUUCCUGCUCAAGUUUUUCUCGGUAUUCCUGGGAAUCAUCUUCUUCCUGGAGCUGACUACGGGCGUGCUGGCCUUCGUGUUCAAGGACUGGAUCAAGGACCAGCUCAAUCUGUUCAUCAACAACAACAUCCGGGCGUAUCGGGACGACAUCGACCUGCAGAACCUCAUCGACUUCACCCAGGAAUACUGGGAUUGCUGCGGCGCCUUUGGUCCGGACGACUGGAACCUCAACAUCUACUUCAACUGCACCGACGCCAACCCCAGCCGCGAGAAGUGCGGCGUGCCCUUCUCCUGCUGCACUAAAGACCCAGCGGAGGACGUGAUAAAUACACAGUGUGGUUAUGACAUACGAGCCAAACCGGACGCCGAGCAGAAGGACUACAUCAACGUGAAGGGCUGCGUGCCGCAGUUUGAGAAGUGGCUGCAGGAUAACCUCACGCUGGUGGCGGGCAUCUUCAUCGGCGUGGCCCUGCUACAGAUUUUUGGCAUUUGUUUGGCACAGAACCUAGUGAGUGACAUUGAAGCUGUGCGGGCCAGUUGGGUGCCCCCACACCCUAUCAUCACAUGCCGGCCCCCACCCCAUGCGGGCAAGAGCGCGAAGGCUUACUACCACGCAUGAGCGAGGGGGACACACACACACACGCGGGCAUGUGUGUUUUGUGGCCGCUUUUUUACCUAACACUGACGCCGUUCUUACAGUCCUACAGGACGUUGCAGCUUGCAUCUCUGAACAUGGCGAGGAAUCGAAGGCUUGACUAUUUGGAAAGGAGUAUUUACCAAUCACCUUCACCAUUUGUUCUCUAAGAAACCAGCACCUUUAGUAACGCACUCGAUAUACUGAACAAUAGGUUAUGUUGGGAGUUGAAGAGAAUGGCUUUAGAUGCACUUAACGUUCAUUAUGUCAUCCUAGCUCCAAUUCUCGAUUACCAGUGUUGAAGUUUUGAUACAUUUUUGAAAAACAAUAGCAUUGUAUUUUUUAAAAACCUGUGGUAACGAAAACUAACGAACGUCGUGAACGUCAUCCGUCUAGAUCCGACACUCAAGCGAAAAACGUAGAAUAUUUUUCUUUUUUUUGUCUUAGCCGAGAAAAAACAAACGGACGAAUGACGUAGCUUUGCUCCACAUUCAGUGCUUGCCUCACCGUCCAUUCCACUAUUAGUCUUUGACUGUUGCACUAGCCGACGGAGUUCGGAAAAAAAGAGGGACCUUCUUUGCGUCAUUUUGUUUGCAAAAAAAAAAACAAUUUCAAGAGGAGAUUUUUGAGUUAUGGUUUUAAUUUAUUCUUCACUGUAAAAAAAAAAGACGGAAAAAAAACCCUCAACAGUCAACAUGUUUUGUAUAAAUCCGGGGGGUGAAAGAACAAACAACCACUACACGUAAUAUUUAGGUCAAGAGCCAGUGAUUUCACAUGCCGUGUUGUAAAGAGAAGACGGUCACCCCACACAUCGCCUAGAACACUUUUGAACAUUUCCGAAACCGUUUUAAGAAACGGAAGAAGAGCCGAUGAGGGCAUCGGUUUGAACAAGUGUGACGCUUUGUGCGUGUGUUUUUUUUAGUUUUCUUCGUGGGGGAUUCAGUCUUGACUGUGGUGAAAACUUUUCGUUUUUUUGUCAGUGAUUUUCUUCAGCCCGUUUAUUUUGUUCAUUUUCAUUGUCCCCCCUUUAUAUUUGAACAUACAAUGUGAUGGUGCAUAGCCCGCGUGAGAUUUUAUUUGACAUUUUAAAGUUUAAUUUGAUGUUUUUAUAACUGUGUGGUGGUGCACAAUGAGAGAGAAAGAGAUUGAGCGAGAGAGAGAGAAGGGAGAGAGAAAACGGCCCAGAUUGUGUCCAGCCGUGAAGUCAUGGCUGGUUGGGUUGGUGACUGCUACAGAACGUAUAUUGAUGUCUAUUAAUGGACCCCAGUGCAGUUCCGGAUCGUUUAGACCCCCUAUAUUGUCGUCUUGGUAACACGUGAAUACUUCUGAAUGAUCUCACUUGUGUUUCGUAGGCCCCCCCCCCCCCCCCCCACUGACCACGUUGAAUUUACAUUACUAAAGGACCCAUACACACAAACACACACAGAGACCCACACAACAGACAAUACAGACGGACAUACACACACACACACACACACACACAGCGUUUUAAUACAACUACCUCCUCUCCAUCACAUGAUCAUUUCUUGUAAAAAAAAUAUAAAAAAGUUAACUGGAUGAACUUUGAAUAGUUAAUAUUCAUUAAUAAAGGUGACAACAAAAUG